AUGAGAUCAACAACUGCGUCGAAGACAAUUGAAGCACUUGAAGUAAUAUUCAAUGAACAGACUUAUCCCGAAACCAUUAGGUCCGACAAUGGCCCUCCGUUCUCUAGUGCUGAGUUUGCCAAGUAUUGUAAGGAUAAGAACAUACGGCUGGUUCGCACAAUCCCUUAUUGGCCGCAAAUGAAUGGCCUGGUAGAGCGGCAAAACCAGGGGAUCCUCCGGACGUUGCGGAUUGCUAAAGCCACUAAUAUGGAUUGGCGCAAGGCCAUCAAGGAUUACGUAUAUAUGUAUAACACAUCCCCUCAUUCCAUAACGGAUAAAGCACCCAUGGAGUGGUUGACAGGUAGACCGAUAAAGGAUUUGUUGCCAGCCAUUAGAACCGAAGUUGCACUGCGCCAAGAUGAAGGUGUUCGAGAGACCGAUGCCAUUAGAAAGCUGAAAGGAAAAGUAUACGCGGAUCAGAGACGAAAUGCUAAGGCAUCCGACAUUAAAGAAGGAGACUUCGUGAUGCUUAGAAAUAAUGAAACAGGAAAAUUGGAACCAAAAUUUCGACUUGAGAAAUUUCAAGUGAAGAAAGUUUCUGGACAAGACGCCAUCGUGACUAAUGAGGAAGGAGUUAUUUUGCGUCGCUGCGUAACACAUUUAAAAAAAUGGCCUUCCGUUAGAGCUCCAGAAUCUGCAGAAUUUACUUGUGACUCUUCUGCAACGGAAAACGACUCUUCCACAGAACCUAUCAGAGAUUCCUUUGUCCAACCAACACAUCACGAUGAUGAUCAUCACCUUCAAGACCAGAGUGCUCCCAGCCACCCGCUGAGAUCAGCGAUUAAAAGAAAGACCGAAUCUACUCAACAGCCGUCGAUGAAACGUCCUGCUCGAGAGAGGAAAGUUCCGCACCGUUACGUACAACUGUUAGAAGACUUUUGA